AUCAUCCGGACUGAGCUCAUCCUCAUCCACUGAGGCCAGGCAAGGCAGCUCGGCAGGGGGAAGCGACAGAAAGCAGUCAACAGGGUCCGUGUGAUAGACAGCACCUGCUCAAAUCACUAGGGGACGGACAGGAAGAUUAAACUGUCCAUCGCUACACACGUCCAGUCCUUGCGUGGUCCUCGGCUGACGCUUUCGUCUCCACAAAGCCCCCCAUGGGUCUAGGUUAGUUGACUCUGUUGGUCGUCUUGUGGCGUCCCUGUCUCCUCCAGGUCCUUCCGUCAUUAACCCGCACACCCCUAGGCCUCCAGGAUCUCCACCCAGUGCUUGGCUGUGAGACCUCUCAGAGAACCUUUAUGCUAGGUUCCUGUCUUGAGAGGUGCAGUUUGAAGUUCUGUGUUUGUAAUGUAGACUUGGCUCCGCCCCUCCAGAUGCAGCACAGAUCCCACGCCCAAGCCGCCCAACCUGCCAAUCGGUGCCUUUGAAACACCCAGUUCUGUGAUUGGCUGUUGCGGAGACGCCCACCUAGACUUCGGGGCUACGGUGGCCGACAGGGGGCAAGACGCUUGCGCAAGGAGGGAAGCUCUCAGGCGUUAAGCAAGCAGUUUUGAGUGUCCGAGUGGGCUGUGCGGAGAUGGCGGCGGCGGCGCUGCUGGCUGUGGUGGACAGGAACCAUUUGCGGCGGGUCCCGAUCUUGCUGCUGCAGCCAAGGGAAUGGGCUUGGAAACAGAGAACCAUGAAGUAUGGAACGACCUCAGGAAGAAGCAUUACGAAGGUCCUCAUUGCAAACAGAGGAGAAAUUGCCUGCAGGGUGAUCCGAACAGCCAAAAAAAUGGGCGUACAGUCUGUGGCUGUUUACAGUGAGGCUGACAGGAAUUCCAUGCAUGUAGAUAUGGCAGAUGAAGCGUACAGCAUUGGCCCUGCCCCAUCCCAGCAGAGCUACCUCUCCAUGGAGAAAAUCAUUCAAGUGGCCAAGAGCUCUGCGGCACAGGCCAUCCAUCCAGGAUAUGGUUUUCUUUCAGAAAACAUGGAAUUCGCUGAACUGUGUAAACAAGAAGGAAUUAUUUUUAUAGGUCCUCCUUCCUCUGCAAUUAGAGACAUGGGUAUAAAGAGUACCUCCAAGUCCAUCAUGGCUGCUGCUGGAGUACCUGUUGUGGAAGGCUACCAUGGCAAGGACCAGUCUGAUGAGUGCCUGAAAGAACAUGCUGGGAAAAUCGGGUAUCCUGUUAUGAUCAAAGCCGUCCGUGGUGGAGGAGGAAAGGGCAUGAGGAUCAUUAGAUCAGAAAAAGAAUUUCAAGAGCAGUUAGAAUCAGCCCGGAGGGAAGCAAAGAAGUCUUUUAAUGAUGAUGCUAUGUUGAUUGAGAAGUUUGUGGACACGCCAAGGCACGUGGAAGUCCAGGUGUUUGGUGACCACCACGGCAACGCAGUGUACUUGUUUGAAAGGGACUGUAGUGUGCAGAGACGGCAUCAGAAGAUCAUUGAAGAGGCCCCGGCGCCGGGGAUUAAUCCAGAAGUAAGAAGAAGGCUGGGCGAGGCCGCAGUCAGAGCUGCGCAGGCUGUCAAGUAUGUGGGCGCAGGAACCGUGGAAUUCAUUAUGGACUCACAGCACAACUUCUACUUCAUGGAGAUGAAUACGAGGCUGCAGGUAGAACACCCCGUCACUGAGAUGAUCACCGGAACUGACCUGGUGGAGUGGCAGUUCAGGAUUGCAGCGGGAGAGAAGAUUCCUUUGAGGCAGGAAGAAAUCCCUGUGCGGGGCCACGCCUUUGAGGCUAGAAUAUAUGCGGAAGAUCCUGACAAUAACUUCAUGCCCGGGGCCGGGCCAUUGGUCCACCUCUCUACCCCUCAGGCAGACAUGUCUACAAGGAUCGAAACUGGAGUACGGCAAGGAGAUGAAGUCUCGGUUCAUUACGACCCCAUGAUUGCAAAGCUCGUUGUGUGGGCCCCAGAUCGCCCGUCAGCCCUGUCGAAACUGAGGUACAGCCUUCAACAGUACAACAUUGUCGGCCUGCGCACCAACGUGGACUUCCUGCUCCGGCUCUCUGGCCACCCAGAGUUUGAAGCUGGGAAUGUACACACUGACUUUAUCCCGCAACACCACAGGGAGCUGCUGCCCACUCACAGCACCGUAGACAAGGAGUCUGUGUGCCAGGCAGCUCUGGGGCUCAUCCUCAAAGAGAAAGAUAUGACCAGCGCCUUCGGACUUCACACGCAAGAUCACUUCUCUCCGUUUUCAUUCAGCAGUGGGAGAAGACUGAAUUUCUCUUACACCAGAAACAUGACUCUGAGAAGUGGCAAAAGUGAUGUAGUCAUAGCUGUAACAUAUAACCACGAUGGGUCAUAUGACAUGCAGAUUGAAAAUAAGACCUUCCGAGUCCUUGGGGAUCUUUGCAGUGAGGGAGGCUAUUCCUACCUGAAGUCCUCUGUUGAUGGAGUAGCCAGGAAAUCCAAGUUCAUCAUCCUGGACAACACUAUCUACCUGUUUUCCAUGGAAGGCAGUAUUGAAAUUGGCAUUCCCGUACCCAAGUACUUGUCUCCAGUGAGUUCAGAAGGAACUCGGGGAGGUACCAUCGCUCCUAUGACAGGAACCAUUGAAAAGGUGUUCGUGAAAGCUGGAGACAGAGUAAAAGCCGGAGACUCUCUGCUGGUUAUGAUUGCCAUGAAGAUGGAGCAUACCAUAAAAGCUCCAAAGGACGGCAGGAUAAAGAAGGUGUUCUUCAGAGAAGGAGCCCAAGCCAACAGACAUGCACCCUUAGUGGAGUUUGAGGAGGAGGAGUCUGACAAGUGUGAAUCAUAAUGAGCUGUGUCCAUAAAGAAAUGGCGGACCACACAGCAUCUUGCCUGUCUGUGAACAGCAAGUGCCUCUCGAAUCUCUAGAUCCCAGAAAAAGGAGCUUUGUUAAAUAAACGAUGAUGUGAUUUACAGGAAACCCUUUCACACAUACAAAUUAUCUCAAAAAAUUUCAUUAAAAUAAGACUGAACCAGACAGUGGUGGCGAAGGCAGAGGCAGGCGGAUCGCCGUGAGUUUGAGGCCAGCCCAGUGUACAAAGUGAGUUCAGGAUGGCCAAGGCUACACAAAGAAACCCUGUCUCAAAAAGAAAGAAACUGAGCUGUAUUUUUUUUUUAAUUGGAAACUAAUGUUUUCUUUAAAUUUUAUGUGUUGUACUCUUUUAAGAAUAAGGUAGGGAGCAGCUUGGUCAAAAGUUGUGUGAAUGAAUGGCUUUCUGGUCGACCCUGGUGAAAUUACAGUUAACAUGCUUCAGAGGCAGGUGUCACACAACCAAGAGGAACUUAGUUGAGUGGCUUAGAAUGUGAGGUUGCUUAUUUCUAGCCCUGUGUUUGGGAAGUUUCUCUCCAGAUACUUCUGCCAUUAUUGUGCAUGUGGGGAGACCAGGAAGAGAGUGAAGUCUUGAGCGAGUGUGUGCUGUUGACAUGGGCACAGCCAUAUCAAGGACCUUAGCCAUAGAGCCAAGGAAAAUGGCAAAGGCUCUGCUUCUGCCCAGAUCCGCUUGGGUGGUGGGGGCGAGGAAUGAGGCUCAGGGGAACUUUCAGCAAAGCCUUCCUCUGUUUCAUGUACAGAUAUUGAUGUUGUGUGCAAAAAAUUUAAAAAAAAAAAUGUGGCACUGUAGCCUUCUACCUCCUGCCCCUAUCCAGGAUGUUAUCAGCCUGCCCUUCUGCAGAGACUGCUCCUACCGAGAUCAGCUAACCUGUGGCUUUGGUGCGGCUGUGUCCCCCAAGCCUCCUUGUUUAUCUGUAUGCGAUAACCCUGCCUCCUUGAUCCACGCUAUGUAAUAAGCACUCGGAGCGUCCAAGCUGCCGUGGUUUCUCCAUCAGACAGCCCAGCCCAUCUGAUCCAGUCUUCUGCCGGGUCUCUAGUACGUGUCUUCUCUUCAUUCCCUUGCCACCCCAGUCAGGUCUUUCCCUGGAGCUGCGCUGGACGUGGCAGUAAUGUACUUGCUAAGCGUGUCUUUUAAAAAGUGUUUGUAUCAUACUAGAACAUUGUUUACCUUUCAUUUGGAUACAUUUUUAAAACGUUUUACACAAGAGUGGAUAAAAGAGCGGAGAAGACGUGUGAUUAAAAUGCCUGCACAGAAGCAAGAAGGACUUGAGUUUUGAUUCUCAGAGCCCAUGAAAAUGCCAGGCCUUCUCAAUCUUGCGCAUGCACUGUGCUUAACCCUCAAAACAAAACCCUCGGGUAUGCCAGAAGUUGCAAUACAGCUCCCGGCCCUGCACUUGUGUUGUGAGUCAGCGUUUGCAGUGUUGAUAGCAACACUUCGCACUUCUGUUGUGUCUCUCGUCAGAGGAUCUCAAGAAGCACUUCUAGAUAUCUGUACAGUGCUUAAAUUUUUCAGGAAGACAGGAAAAAAAAAAUACACGGUUUGACUACGCGUGAGAGAAGAAAAGAUGGAGGUCCCAAACACUUUGCUUUGUGCCUGUGUUAGCUUCAUCUCUGUCGCUGUAAUAAAACAUCAUGAAUGUGUUUA